GAGGAGAGAUUAAAGCACCUGAAGGUGUCUCCUCCUUACUCAUUUGCAGCCACAACUUCCCCACCAGCACAGCCUCAGAGGCUUCUGGAGUAGACUCGGAGGAGGAGACCAGACAUCCAUUCUCGUGAGGUCUACCUAUAAGUCACCAUGUAUGAGGACUGCGUGAAGUCCACAGAAGACUAUUACCUCUUCUGUGACAAUGAGGGGCCAUGGGCCAUUGUUCUGGAGUCCUUGGCAGUAGUUGGCAUAGUGGUUACAAUAUUGCUACUCCUGGCAUUUCUGUUCCUCAUGCGGAAGGUGCAGGAUUGCAGCCAGUGGAACGUGCUUCCCACCCAGUUCCUCUUCCUGCUGGCUGUGCUGGGGCUCUUCGGACUUGCUUUUGCCUUCAUCAUCCAACUCAACCAGCAAACUGCCCCUGUUCGCUACUUCCUCUUUGGGGUUCUCUUUGCUAUCUGCUUCUCCUGCCUCCUGGCUCAUGCCUCCAACCUGGUGAAGCUGGUCCGGGGUAGAGUCUCCUUCUGCUGGACAACAAUUCUGUUCAUUGCCAUUGGUGUCAGCCUGUUGCAGACCAUCAUUGCAAUAGAGUACGUGACCCUCAUCAUGACCAGAGGCUUGAUGUUCGAGCACAUGACACCGUAUCAGCUCAAUGUGGACUUUGUCUGUCUCCUGAUCUAUGUCCUCUUCCUGAUGGCCCUCACAUUCUUCGUUUCCAAGGCCACUUUCUGUGGCCCAUGUGAGAACUGGAAACAGCAUGGAAGACUCAUAUUUGCCACUGUGCUCAUCUCCAUCAUUAUCUGGGUGGUGUGGAUCUCCAUGCUCUUGCGAGGCAACCCCCAGCUCCAGCGGCAGCCCCACUGGGAUGAUGCGGUCAUCUGCAUUGGCCUGGUCACCAACGCUUGGGUCUUCCUGCUGGUCUACAUCAUCCCUGAGCUGAGCAUCCUCUACAGGUCAUGUAGACAGGAGUGUCCUCCACAAGGGAAUGUCUGCCAGGUCCCCGUCUACCAACGCAGCUUCAGGAUGGAGAACCAGGAAUCCACUAGAGACUGUUGAUCCCAGCCAAGAGUAUCUCAUCCCAUGAGCUACACUAAGCCCACAGCAAGAUGCAGGAUUAUAAAGCUACCUGAAACAGCAUAGAGACAACCUGGAAGAGUGUCCUGCUCCACACAGCCCUGAAGGGCCCAGAAGAGCAUUGGACACACUGUCAAUGAAGUUUACAUCCUAUGCCUCCCUCUUGGUUUCUUUGCCCUUUCCACUCUUCUGGACCCAGCCUCUGAAGACUGUCAUGUCCUGCACAAUUACAAUCUUGCUGCCACCCUA